GGCGACGCCAAUUGUUCGUCACGAAGCCAGUUGUGAAUCGGUCUGUGAAACAUUCGCUGACGUCUUGCUACGUCGUUCGUCCGCGCCUCCGACCUUUCUUUCGCCGACUGUCCAGGAUCCAAUCUGGUGGAUCCAUCGCGGGCCCGUGGAUUCCUCGUCCAUCGAUCCACGAUACCCGGUCAUUUACACCAGCUGUUAUGUCGAUCCGUUUCCGGCGAAAGAAUGACACUUGAGACAACGGUGGCGUCCGAUCGACGUCGAUGUCCAACAACCUCCUGCACCAACGUGUCAUUUUGAAAAGGCCAAUUGAACGUUCACCCUGAACCGUCCAGACUUUCACUGCAGACAACCUUCGACAAACCAGCUGAAAUGAGCGAUUCGAGGAUCUGGCAGGUGGUCCUAUCCCUGAUUAUAUCUUUCUCGAGGAUACUCUCAGCGGACAACGUAUGCUCGAGGGUGGAAAACUACACGGUCACUUCGAUGGAAACGUACACGGAGCCGGUUGUUGUGAACACGUUCACCUGGUGUCUGCAGAUUCCACCCAGAUGCCCAAAGACACGGACAGAAAUGAGGCAACGAUACCGCGUGAAGACAGAACUAAAAACUAGGAUCGUAAACGAAUGCUGCGAUGGUUACAAAACGAUCUCGUCCAAUGAAGAGACAUCAUCCGCAGGCAUGAAAUGCGUGCCUCUCUGUGAAAAAUGCUCGUCAGGAAUUUGUGUUUCUCCAAAUCAGUGUCAAUGUGUUCCCGGCAGUCAGGAUAAAAAUUGUCAAACUACAUGUCCGCCGGGCACAUGGGGUUUCAAAUGCCAGGAGAAAUGCAACUGCGCCGGGGACGUGCCUUGCAACCCCAUCGAUGGACACUGUGUUUGUCCGCCGGGAUUACACGGGCAAAUAUGCAAUAAGCCGUGUUCGAGCGAUCGCUGGGGACCUGGAUGCGCUUUCCCAUGCGACUGCAAGGAUCCGAUCGGGGAAUGUCAUCCGGAAACAGGUCGAUGCAUCCACGAAGAUCUGGAUAACACCGUUCCCGUGCAGAACGCCAGCUACUCUCGGAACGUGAACGAGGAGAACAGCGUAGCUGUGAAUUUCACGAUCAUUCAACUCGACAAAGAAUCCUCGCGGAUUUGGGAAACAACAGAGACCAGCACAGCAGAUGUGCGCGAAACAGCUGUCACGCCGGAUAAUCCUGGCGUCAGAACAACGAGUCCGGAAACUAGCAGCGUCUCGACCUCGGAUGAGAGGAAAAUUAGGACACAGGCCCAUGAGGAUGGAAACUCGAGCACCGCCAAGCCUGUGAUCGUUUGGGUUUCCGUGCCGGAACGAAGAAGAAACCUGGACAAGGACCGAGGGAAAUUCGCGAUGAAAACUCCGUUCGUGAGUCAUGUCGAUGACAACGUUAACCUGCACGACAUCGGCCCACCUAAAACCGAUUAUGUCAAAAAUAUACACAAAGACAUUCAACCAGCGCCGAUUUCCCUGGACAUUGCUCUAAUCGUGGUAGCAUCGAUCGUGUCAUUGGGCCUAACCUCGGUAGCAGUGGUGAUGGUCCUCCACAUGCGUUCAAAGUUAUUGGAGGCAGCAAGGAUCUCGAUAUACGAAGAAGGCAAGACGAAGAGCCAAGAAAGCACAAAUACAACGAAGAUCUCGUCGAUAGUCACCGGUAGCCUACCCCAAACGCCAAUUCGCUUGGUGCCACUGUUUGCUUCCACCCCAGAGCCCAGAGUGAUGCCAUCCAUGGCUAAUAACGAUCUGACGAGCAACUACGCCAAUGGAGCUGCCACGAUUGGUCUACGUAUAUCUGGAAAUCUGCAUGGUCUUUUCCAAGAAGAUCAUUACGAUCGACCGCCAGCAACGCGGAUCCAUCUGCAAAACGACUUCGAUCUAAACACGGAACACGUUUACGACGAGAUUCCUUUGCAAUCGAGUCCUUUAAAUUCCCGUAAGAACGCGUGAUUUGAAUAAUAAACCAGAGUUUGAAUGGAAAACUGCGGUCGAACGAACGAGCAUCCUUGUAUUUCGAUUAGCAAAAGAGAAGAAUACAAAUCGAUCGACAGCACGUUUAAUUAAAAAAUCUCGACAUCUUUGGAGAAGUGAAGCUAAGGAUGCUAAAGAAAGCCUACGAGAAACCCUAAUUAUUUAGCUAAAUACAACUCUGACGUCUCAAUGAGACAUAAAAUGAAAUCUAUAAACGACUUGCAGCUCAAUUAGGGACACGUUUGAUCAACAAGCCUGUAAAUAUAUAUGAUAGAAAAAAGUAGAAGUAACAGCAAGCGAAACUUUGAACCUCAUUGUCUAGCCUGACAAUCACUUUAAUACUUCAAAGUUAGAGAGAACUGGCAAAUCACCUGGCUAACUCGACCAAUGAGCCGUGUAAUUAAACAAUGCGCUCGAGCAUUCGAAGAAAGAAAGGGAAGGAAGAAAGUGAUGAUAAAAUUGUCGGGGAUGUUUAUGCGUCUAUUGUUCAAGUGUCAGGCUCAAGCGCAAUUCCGAAGGCGGAUGUGAGCCAGCCAGCUCGUCUACGGGACGAGGAAAAAUCCAACUGAACUGGUUGUCGACCUUACGCGGGUCUCGUCUAAGUGUGCAAGGCUGAACGUGACUGCAAUCGUUCCUAGACCAAGCAAAAAAAAAAAAACAUUCGCAGCUCCGAUCGAACGAUCCGGGGCGUGACAAGGAGACUUUUCUCUCCUCGGAAACCGUUCACAUCAAUCGGCGGCCAUCGAGCCCUCUGAACGCGCUUACGUCAACGCUGCGUAAUUCAACCAAUACGAGAAUGUCUCGAAAGAAGUUUCUUUUUUUUUUUUACUCUUAAUAGGAAAGCACAUAUUCACGUUGAACUUUUUUUUUUACCGUUGCGGGCUUUUAAGAAAUGUUAAGGAACUUUGGGCUACUCGACAAAGUCUUUCUUAUAUUGUACAAUUAGUUUUUAAGUUUUCGAAAGGUUUCCUUUUUUAAGGAAGAGUAAUUGUAAGCAAUUUUUUUUUUUAAGGGAGAGUAUAUUGUACAAUUAGUUUUCAAGUUCAGUUUUCUUCAGGAAGAGUAAAAAUUUGCUUCGAAGAAAUUUCAUGGGAUUAAGUAUCUUUUAAAGAUACGAAAUAGGGAAUUGAAAACAUUUUCGCGGCACGCUGUUAUUGGAGGAUUAUUCUGCAAGCCACGAGUCACCAGUUACCAAUACUAAUCAAUUCUCGUGUACGUCGAGAACAGGUUUUAACAGUAAUAAAAAAAAAAAAAAUGAUUUGCAAGCAGUAGAAUGAUGAAAAACUGUUUGUGUAAUAGUUUCUAUACUUGUCACUUGUUAAUUCAAUAACAUUAUCAGCACAGUAUUGCGUAGGAGAUAUUUAAUAGAAUAAUAACGCGUAAAUAUAGCUUAGGAACUAAUGAAUGUGAAAUAUCUACGUACUCUAUCGCAAUUGAUCCAAUUUUUGCCGAUUAGUGCAUUAAGAAUGUACGAGUGAGUUUAAACCGCGUUUCCUGAAAAUACUUGAAUGAACAGCGUGUAUAAUAUUGAUAAUUAUUAAGUGAUAAAUAUUAAUAAUUAUUAAGUGAUAAUAUUAAUAAUUAUUAAGUGAUAAUUAUUAAGAUUGGAAAUUGUUGAUCGAUUUAAAAGAUAUAUAUAUAUAUAAAUAUCUUUUAAAGAUCUGUAAGGACCAGUGACGUCACAAUGAUAUCAUUAUUAUGAGAAAUUUGCAUACUCAAAAAAUAUACAGCAUGUACAGAAUAUCUAAUCCAAUCGUCAUAGUGUUAAAAAUAAACCCAACGAUUUCAAGUUUGAGAAUCAAGCAGCGAUUUAAGCGUGAUCUAAAUUUUACAUUUUAAGACUCGACUAUGUAACAACGUCUGUGCUAUACAUAUGUCUUCACUUGACAUCACCGAUAAUAAUAGAUUACAGUUACAAAUUUGUGUCAUGCGUUUAACUAACGUCGUAGUGAUAUUUGCUAAGAAGAAAAGAAGAAAAAAAAGAAAAAAACAGAUAAGUCGUAAUUAGGAUAGUGCUUGCAUAAUCAUAUUUAUAUCAGCGCGUUUAAUCCCUCAGCUUCGCCAUGCUAAACCGAUAAAUUCGCCGUAAUCGUUGCACUCGUCGUAAUCUGGUCCACUUCUCGUUAAAUUCUUCGAGAAUUUUGUGAUAAACUACAUAGAAGAGAGACCUUGGUGUUACACGAUUUUAUUCAAAUACCGAGAUUUCAUUAAAUGAGUUAUAUGUCGGAAGGCUUUGUAUAAAUUUUCUUUUUCUUUUUCAUUAAAAACAACUUGUACUGUGCAAAUUCUUUUAUUGUUAGAAUCUUCAGUUGAUGGAAGAAUUCAACAGAUUAUAAUAUAAUCACUGUACUGUUUUAUAGACUGAAGGUUUCGACAACGAAGGUUUCGAUAUUCAUAUAGUCAUUUUUUUGAUGGUAUACUCCUUUUACAGAAUUAUCAUUUUUUUGUUUUUGGUCAAUCCACAGUAAAUCAUUCACAAGUUAUCGCGGUACGAGUUGAAACGUCCAGUUUAUCACAUACUUAAAAAUAGGACGGCAUCGCGCCUCCCGUUCGCUUGUUUUAUCUCGUCGCACUGCGCUGCAUCCUCUGUGAAGCAACGGUAUCGAUGGAUUACAUAAACUGGCAAUAUGCGAGUUUCACGCGUGCCGAACAUUUCCAUUGUCCAUAGUCGAACACAUGUAGAUGUUUCUUUUUUGUUUCUUGUGAAUGUAUUACAUCCGUACGGAGGCAUUCCAAAAUUUCAUUUUCAGCAUUCCAAUAAGAUUUUGAAAAGCAAAUUUACGUGUAAGUUUGAUACAGAUGUGUAUUUCAUAGAAAACACAAAGUUAUUAAAUAUUUAAACAGUCAAUAUUAUUGAUUUAACGCAUUUCAAUAUUCGAUCAUUUUUUAAAUGGCUAUUCAUAUUGUGUAUUUAUUUCUUUUCGUUUUCCCGAUUUUUCUCAUAUUGUCAAGUUGAGCUCAAUACGUAAUGACGAUUCAAGGAAACGAAUAGUUUUUAUAAACGACUUUGCAAUUAAACUCCGGAAAUGUUAUCUAAAUGCAAU